AUGAUUCCACUUGUUUUGAUAUUUGCAUUAGCACAAGUCGCACCGUUGAGCGAGGCACAGAAAGCUGCUCCGGGUCUGCUUAAGAAAGUUCCAACUGAGGGAUCGCUGGUAUACGUGACUUUAGAUGACGGCACUGAACAAUGGGCGAUCAAACAGGCUGACGGAUUGCUAACUCCGCUUGAUAAGAAGGCCUUCAAGCCGCCCAAGAAAGACAAGGAUGGCAAGGGCGACUUCCAGCCAGGAACCAACGUCACUCUGGACUGCGACUUAAAUGCUGACGGCUUGUGUACACCUACGACUGGCAAUGUUACCGUCGUUGGCGCAAGCUUGGCGGCGCUCACAACUCCUGGGAUAUACCAACGAGUUCUUGUUAUGAUUCAGGAUUACAGUAUCUGCGGGUAUCCGCCCGGGGUCAACGAGUCUACCACACGCUCCCUCUUCCUGGGGCCCAACGGUGAUGGCACCGGCGGCAUCGCGCAAAAGUACACGCAAUGCUCGUACGGCAAGUUCAACCUGAACGCCACAGAGUUCCGGGUGGUUACCGUGCCCCAGACAACCUGCUCCACAGCCAUCACGGCGACUUGCAGCUGGUGGGCGAUUUCGGGCACCUCAGACACAGCAACAAAGGCGUUGUUAGGUAGCGUGGCGUUCGCCAGCUUCACCCACUACAUAUACAUCGUCCCGCCCGGACUUCCAUGCCCCUGGUCGGGGCUGGCACUGCUCCCUGGGAACCAGGUCUGGUUGCAAACCACAGACAACGGCGUGUAUCGCUGGGCCACUGUCAUGCAGGAGGCCCUACACAACUACGGUCUGUGGCAUUCCUGGCGAAACGGUGUCGAGUACGAUGAUUACUCGACCGCCAUGGGCCGUGGUGACGCCUGCCCCAACGCUGCCGAGAUCUCUCGCAUGGGCUGGGCCACACCCGCACCAGGCGGCGGGGCCAUCAGCUCUGCUUCGUUUGCUCCAGGUUCCGCACUUGCCUUUGUCCUGCCCGCCACCUACCUCACUGGCGACGGCAACUACCUGCGAGUGGUACCCGACUGGCUACCCACUUACAACAACAACAACACGCUCGCUAAGAACCUCUACAUCGCCGUGAGGGUGGCAAAUGGGCCCGAUGCUGGGCUGUCGGCAGCAUAUGCUCCAAUGAUGCACGUGCAUGAGGUCAAUGCAACCAUGGACAACGGUUACCCAACCUCCUACGCGACCAGCGACCGGAAGAUCACCAUCAUCAGCACGAUUCCCUCGCUGGGCCGUGCCAACCUCACCGCCUACAAUCUGGUGGUGUACGGCGGAUCUUGGGCCAGUACGGAUGUUAUGCGGGUGUACCUGUGCCGCUAUACCACAUCCCCUUCACAGUGCCCAGGACUCGGAGCUAUCGAGGUCCCCCCGCCGCCGCCCGCACCCAAGCCGCCAAGCCCCCGGGCGCCGGCAAACCCAUCGCCACGACCGCCUACCCCUCGCCCUUCACCGCGACCUCCACCACCAAGGCUGCCCCCAAGCUCCAAACCCCCACCUCCUUCACCCCGACGACCACCCCCCCUCAAGGUGGUUGGGAGGCGACAGCUGCUCGGUUAG